CACACCCUAUUAUAAUGUUAUAUGCACUUAAACCUUGUAUCACUCCCCCGGAAAAGAAGGGGAAAGGGCCCCAAAAAAGAAACCCAAGCCAAGAAGGGGAAAAAAUGUGGAGUGUAAGCAGAAGUUCACUGACUACAUUUCCCUCCUUCCUAUCCUCUCUCAACAAAUUCACCUCCUUUUCAUCAACUCCCAAGCUUCUUCGCAUGGCUUCCUCCUCUUCCAACAACAAUAACAACCCAGAUAAUGCUUCUGUUUCUCCUUCUUCUGCUAUCGACUUUCUCACACUAUGCCAUCGUCUCAAGACAACGAAAAGGGCAGGGUGGGUGAAGAGAGAGGUUCAAAACCCAGAAUCAAUUUCUGACCAUAUGUAUCGUAUGGGGUUAAUGGCUCUCAUUUCUGCUGAUAUUCCUGGUGUUAAUCGUGAUAAGUGUGUGAAGAUGGCUAUUGUCCAUGAUAUGGCUGAAGCAAUUGUAGGUGAUAUUACUCCUUGUGACGGGAUUUCCAAGACAGAAAAGAGCCGGAGAGAAAGGGAAGCACUUGACCAAAUGUGCAAUCUCCUUGGUGGAGGAUCAAGAGCCAAAGAGAUACAUGAUUUAUGGAUGGAGUAUGAAGAAAGCUCAUCACUUGAAGCAAAAAUCGUUAAGGACUUCGACAAAGUUGAGAUGAUACUUCAGGCAUUGGAGUAUGAAAAAGAACAAGGGAAGGAUUUGGAGGAGUUUUUUGAGUCCACUGCUGGGAAAUUCCAAACUGAUAUCGGCAAAGCAUGGGCAUCGGAGAUAGCAUCAAGAAGAACAAAGCACUAGUAACUUACAGCAGCAUCUUUUUACAGCCUGCUUGAAGCUUUGUAACACCUGAAGGUCUGACUCCUUGCCUAUUUCCAUUCUUUAGAUCUUAUGAGUCUGUUGGAAUCUCGGGUUUUUUUUUUUUUUUUUUAAGUAAAAUAUGGUUUGUCAACCAGUCUUACCGCUUUUGCUAGAACUUAUAGAUAACUCCAUCAAUAUUGGUUGGCUUACAGUGAUUUUACGUCUUUCUGUAUUUACAACUCAUCAGUGACUUGAGAGUAUCUUGUUAUCGAAAUGAAGCGAGUUUUGUGCACACUCUAGUCAUAUAUAGGAGUUACUUUGGAGGGUGUUAGACCAAUUUCUUCUUUCUGGUUUAUGAUUUUGUUAUCAUUUUAGGAUUCAUUUACAGAAGUGUUGCCAAUAAUAAAAAUUUCUCUAAAUGAUAAUCUAUUAUAAGCGUAGUUAUAUCAUACAUUCAUGUAAGUAAACUUGUUGACAAAAAAAUGUUACACAAACUAAUACAAGACAGAUUACAAAAAGCUAAAUAAAACUAGUUGAUUAGGGGAUUUUUCCCCACCAGUCACCAUCUGACAAGUGG